AUGCUUAUCUCACACCGCGCACCGGCACAGCUUGACACUGACCCUCUUACACCCGCUGUUGCCUCAUCCACAACGUCGCGCACAUAUUUCGUCGACCUUGCUGGCCAAGUCUUGGCCGCUGCGGUAAGCGAUAUAGCGGCAGCCAGCACCUACGUCGGCAUCAUCCACAACAAAAGCGAGCAGAGUACUUUGCUGCUGUCAGGCCGUAGCAGCAGUAAUGGUGACGCCAGUAAUGUUGAUGGUGAUGCGGACAUCGAUCCUGCCUCAGAUUAUGUGCCACCCGAACAACGACCCGAGACAUAUAUUAUUACUGUGCUAUUUGCGCUCAUAUUUAUUGUUGGUGUUUUAGGUAAUGGCACUUUGGUGAUAAUAUUCUUUCGGCAUCGCUCUAUGCGCAACAUUCCCAACACCUACAUUCUCUCGCUGGCCUUGGCCGAUCUGCUGGUCAUCAUUAUUUGUGUGCCAUUGGCCUGCAUCGUCUAUACACAGGAGAGUUGGGCUUUCGGCGCCGAGAUGUGCCGUAUCAGUGAAAGCUUUAAGGACAUUUCGAUUGGCGUUUCGGUGUUUACAUUGACUGCCCUGUCUGGCGAGCGCUAUUGUGCGAUAGUAAAUCCUUUGCGCAAAUUGCAGACAAGACCACUGACCGUUUUCACCGCCACCAUGAUCUGGAUGGUGGCCAUUCUGCUGGCGACGCCAUCAUUUGUUGUCUCGGACAUACAAGAGAUACAUUUGCCGCCCACCAGGCACAAUGAGAAUCUGACGAUUAUUGUUUGCACGCCAUUUGGACGUAAUCGCACAACUUUGGAGUCAUAUUCCAGAUAUACAGUGAUCAGUAAAGCCUUCAUCUACUAUCUGCUGCCACUAUCCAUCAUUGGUGCGCUCUACAUCCUUAUGGCCAAGCGUUUGCACACAAGUGCACGCGACAUGCCUGGCGAAACAUUGGGCAUGCAAAGUCGGUCACAAGCGCGAGCGCGUCGUCACGUGGCGCGAAUGGUGGUCGCUUUUGUUGUGGUAUUCUUUGUGUGCUUCUUCCCUUAUCAUUUAUUCGAGUUGUGGUUUCACUUAAAUCCUACAGCAAAAGAGGACUUUGAUGACUUCUGGCACGCCAUUCGCAUAAUUGGAUUCUGUGCAAGCUUUCUACAUUCGUGCGUCAAUCCCGUCGCAUUGUAUUGCGUCUCUGGCGUAUUCCGGCAGCAUUUUAAUCGGUACUUGUGUUGCCUCUGCAGCAAGCGACAGCCGCGCAUCCGACAACAUUCCACAGCGACGGGUGUCAUGGACACCAGCAUUAUGUCGAUGCGACGUUCUACUGUUAGCAACUACAAUCGCGCAUCGCUUCAUAUUAACAACAAUAGCAACAACACAAUAGGGCGAAGCGGAGUCAACGGCAGUGGUGGUAGUGGUGUGGGAGGUGGCAAUGACGCCGGUGCUGGUGCUGGUUUCCAUCAGCAAACAUCUAUGCAGCUACAUCAUAGCGUGGCCAUACAGAAGAAUGGAUCCGGCAGCGGUGGCGGUGGUGGGAGCGGCAGUGACAAGAGGUGAGAAACGGUGGUCUUGAUGCUGCAAGCUGACGAAUUUCUCUAAACACGGACCGCACUGUACAAUAUUUGAAAAUGCACACAUACACGCACAUAUACACUAUGUAUGAAGAUACGCAUAGGCACGUGCUCAGAUAGGUUGUGCGAAGAAGUGUGGGCGAAUUAAAUAGUUUAAUGGAGAUCUCUGGCAUUUAUAAUUGCGCUUAAAUUGAAUGUUACUGUAGGAAAUUAUUAUUGUCAUUGUGCUUGCGCUUAUACUUGGACAGAAAUUGAAUAACAAAGCGUGACUGAAAUGGAACGCAUACAAAUGAAGCGCUAGCGUAAUUAUUCAAGUAAGCCAGGUGGAAGAGGGAAUACGGAAAUGUGCUUGCAACACGGUUUAGCCACAGUUGUUUAGGCAGAGGUACGACAAGUUUUGUGAUAAUGUUGUUAUGUGUCGGUGUGUUGACACAAAGUAGUAAAUAUGAAAGGAAAACACUUAUGUUAUUGCUGGAUAAAUGUAUAUGUAUGUAUGUAUGGAAAUUACACACACGAUAUAUCCUCUUAUUAAUGUACAAACUUCAAGAAAUUCCAAUUAAAUUAUACGUAGAAUGUAGUUUAGACAUUUUAUGAUAACACAAAGAAAGAAAUAUUAAAAAAAUUAAAAAAAAAUUCAAUAAAAUUAUACUAUUGCCCUACAUUUACAAAUCGCCACACAACU